GGCGGACGCUUCAUCCCACGUCUCCAAUAUCUCGUACUAUACCAAACCAGGUAUCCCACCUGCACGGUAGCUAACGGCUCAGUCCAGUACGUGUGAGCGAUCUGCAAGCCAUCAUGCAGGUGCGUCUCUGAUGGUGUGAAAGACAUCCAACAUACUCCUAUCGGAAGAUCUUGGCCGAGAGACAUCUGCCAUCAUAGGUGCGACUAAGGCUUGUCCUACGCAUGGUUGCCUGAUAUGCGGACCUGACAAACUAGGAAGGAUCGUAUCUCUCGUGUAUGGACUAUCUUGUCCUCAAUCCCGGUGUCUUCACCUGUCAGACGUAUCGGCAGUCACAGAGUCUCUGGUCCAGCCCGCGCCCGCCACUCAGUGCCCAACAGCUUGUGCGUGGUCCUGCAUAUCCAUACCGUCGUGUGGGGUCCCAGACGCCUCACUCUGCCCUGCGGCCUUUGUGCGGAUCGAAUCGCAUCUCAUCGUGGGUUGUGAAGCGUGUAGUCGGCCGUGCUAGCCAGCGGCUAGUCGCCAUCGACAUGUCACCGGUUCGUCGGCGCCCAAUCGGCCGCACAAGUCGCGCAUGGUCAGGUGUCGCCAACUUGAUACGCGCGGGUGCGGAGAGGCGUCCAGAUACCAUCCCACAGGCGGCAGAUGCUGUAUAUAAAGGCCUGCUCGUGGGCACCUUGAUGGGCACAACUCACCGACUCGACUCCUCACCAGCCAACUACAACGAAUCACUUUCCAGCUUCACGCUACCAACCAAUUAUACCAACAUGUCUCCAUGCAACUGCAACACCUCAUCUUGUGCUCUGAACCCUGAUUUCGAUCCCAACCCCGUGUCCCGAUACAACCUGGGACGUCGAGCACAAUGCAUGCGCCUUCUGUGGCGUUUUGGGAACAGACAGGGGGAAGAUAGCAUGUAGCAUGAAUCACGAUAAACGAACAAGACCUUUUUCUGUACAUACAAGUGACGUUCCUUUCUGUAGCAGUACCUAUAACCGCAUUCAACGCAACACCAACGGGUAUACUCAUGAAACCAGUUCCAGCCAAAAGACCAACCCAUUACAAUAUUGACUAAACAUAACAUACCCGCAGGUCCCUAGAUAUCCAAAUGUUGUCU